AUGACUUACACUGUUAAUAACAUUCAUCCCUGCUAUGAAUCAGAUAGUUAUGUAUUUACAAGCAACCCAUCUGCAAUAUGUGUAUUAGUGUAUAUUUUUCUUGGCUUAUUAUCUUUUGCAACAAUAUGUGGAAACCUUCUUGUAAUAAUCUCCAUCAUGUACUUCAAACAGCUCCACACACCUACUAACUACCUUAUUUUCUCUCUGGCUGUGGCCGACCUGCUUGUAGGAGUUUUAGUUUGUCCUUUCAGCAUGGCAUUCACUGUAACCACAUGUCUGCAUCAUGAACAUGUAAUAUGUAAAGUAAAAGACAGCUUUGAUAUAACACUGUGCACAUCUUCUAUUCUGCAUUUAUGUUGUAUUUCCAUAGACAGAUAUUAUGCUGUGUGUCAGCCUCUGACAUAUAGAACUAAAAUUAAUUUUCAGGUUACUGUGAUCAUGAUCCUGGUGAGUUGGGGGAUUUCUGUUCUAAUUGGAAUUUGCAUCACAAUUGCAGGAUUCACCCAAGGAACAUGUGAAGAUAUUUGCUCAGUUGAUGUUAUAAUAGCAAACACUAUGGGACCUGUUCUCUCAUUUUACCUCCCGGCGAUCAUAAUGCUCUGUAUCUACCUGAAGAUUUUCCUUGUUGCUAAGAAACAGGUGAACAGCAUCCAGAACACAACUUGUCAGAGCACAAAGUCUGGAGCAACCGCCAGUAAGAUGGAAAGAAAAGCCACCAAAACUCUGGCUAUUGUUAUGGGAGUUUUUCUUUUAUGUUUGACUCCUUACUUUCUUCUCCUUGUCUUUCAGCCUUUAUCUUAUAAUCCUCCACCGAUUCCGGUGAUGGAAACACUCAACUGGCUUACACUGUCAAAUUCAAUGCUGAAUCCACUUAUUUAUGCUUUCUUUUACAGCUGGUUCAGAUCAGCUUUCAGAAUGAUCAUUUCUGGAGCAAUAUUUCAAGGUGAUUUUGCUAACUCAAAACUGUUUUGAUUAAAUUAUGGCUCUCUAGAAUACAUAUGUACAUGCU